AGCCAUGGAUGUGUCUAGGUUGAUGCAGAUUUUUGUGUUCCUCUUGCCGCUGGUAAACCAAGUCCCAUCAAACCGCUUUCCCAACGUUCGCGGCCUUCUCUAGUUAGAUCUUUCAGAGAACCUUUUAGAGAGAGAGAGAGAGAGCAGGAAGAAUGGGCUUUCUGGAACACAUCUCUGAGAUCUGUUCGUUCCCGAGCAGUCACAACAAGUUCAAGAAGACGAACCAGUUGCAGACGGUGGAGAUAAAGGUGAGGAUGGACUGCGAAGGGUGCGAGAGGAAGGUCAGGAAAGCAGUGGAAGGCAUGAAAGGGGUGAGCAGCGUAGAGAUCGAGCCUAAGCAGCACAAGGUGACGGUGGUAGGGUACGUGGACCCGAAGAAGGUGAUAAGGAGGGUGGCGUGGAAGACGGGGAAGAAGGCGGAGCCGUGGCCGUACGUACCGUACGACGUCGUAGCCCACCCCUACGCGCCGGGGGCCUACGACAAGAAGGCGCCGCCGGGGUACGUGCGGAACGUGGUGGACGACCCGGCCGCGGCCCCGCUCGCCCGCGCGAGCUCCACGGAGGUGAAGUACACCACGGCGUUCAGCGACGACAACCCCAACAACUGCAGCGUCAUGUGAAGGCCGAAGAGCCCGUCGAUUAAGCUUUUGGUCAUGCCAAUAACAGUCCGCAGAGUGGUGGUGUUGUGUUAGAGCAUUGUUCUUGUGAUUUUUAUGAAUAUAUUUAUUCUUUUCCCCCUUUUUUUUCCCCCUUUUUAGUAGAUCGUUCAUGUUAUGUCGAAAGUAUGUGAUUGUGUUAAUUCGAGUUUUUUCUUUUUCUGUAA